CUCGCUGAAUCUGCGUGUAGCAGGCAGAGACUGCGUGCGCCCUUGGAGGCGCCGGUGCGAGGCGCAGGGCCCCUGGGCAGUGGCUGCGAUCCUCGGGGGCUGCUGGUGUCUCCAUGCUGCGCAAGGGGUUGGAUGCUGAACCCGGCUCUUCCCAAAGCCCCACUUGGCUGUAACUCCGGGCAGGUGUCUGCGACCUCUGUGCCCUCUCACAGCCUCUUCGGAAGCCCCUCGAGAAAGAUGGUGUGACAGUUCCUAUCAGAGGGUCGCCAGCAACAUCCACCCUCUGUGAAGAAAGUGGCCCUUUUUCCCUUUCGCAAGAGACAUUCUCAAGUUCCAAAAUGCCAGCCAAGACCCCGAUUUACCUGAAAGCUGCCAAUAACAAGAAAGGAAAGAAAUUUAAACUGAGGGACAUUCUGUCCCCGGACAUGAUCAGCCCGCCCCUCGGCGACUUCCGCCACACCAUCCACAUCGGCAAGGAGGGCCAGCACGACGUCUUCGGAGACAUCUCCUUCCUCCAGGGCAACUACGAGCUGCUGCCCGGGCACCCCGAGAAGGCGCCGCUGGGCCCGUGCCCCGCGCACGAGUUCCUGCGCGCCAACAGCACCUCCGACUCCGUGUUCACAGAGACGCCCUCCCCGGUGCUCAAGAACGCCAUCUCCCUGCCCACCAUCGGCGGCUCCCAAGCUCUCAUGCUGCCCUUGCUGUCGCCGGUGACGUUCAGCGCCAAGCAGGAGUCCUUUGGGCCAGCCAAGCUGCCCAGGCUGAGCUGUGAGCCUGUCGCGGAGGAAAAGGCCCCGGAGCAAAGCAGCCUGCUGGAGAACGGGACAGUCCCCCCGGGGGACGUGUCGUGGGGCUCCAGUGGCUCGGCGUCGGUGUCGCAGUCCAGCCAGGGCAGGGACAGCCACUCCUCCAGCCUCUCGGAACAGUACCCCGACUGGCCAGCCGAGGACAUGUUCGACCAGCCUGCCCCGUGCGAGCUCCUCAAGGGAAAGACUAAGUCGGAGGAGUCGCUGUCCGAUCUCACGGGCUCCCUGCUCUCCCUGCAGCUCGACCUCGGGCCCUCGUUUUUGGAUGAGGUGCUGAAUGUCAUGGAUAAAAAUAAGUAACAGGACAGCUCCAGCAAUUCCUCCGGGGUAAAAGGCCUCCAGACAGGAUCACACCACCACCACAAACCACAGGCGAAGAGAAGAGCUUCACUGGCUAUAUAUGCAGUUACAUGAUGGGUUUUCUAAAAUAAUGUUCAUAAAGUAUUUUUUUACUUGUUAUGCCCUAUUUGCAAAAACCGCUAAAAGAAAAAGAAAAAAAAAAAGACUUGCCCCUGCAGAAAGAGGAAGUGAGGCAGUGAGAACCCACGUUCAGCAGGCAUGGCUGAUGUUCAGCUCACACUUUUGUUUGUAGACACAGGAACCUGCCCCACCAGGAUGGCACUAGCCACGCAGGGCUGCACCCGUCACGGCGAGGACCUGACAGUGCUCCCGCAUUUUCUGAGCAAGAGGAAGUCAGAAUUUAUUUAACACCUCUAAGCCUUUUUUCUAGAUUCUUUUCUAUCUGUUGUUCGGGCUCAUCAUAGCAGAUUCUUCAGUGUUAAAACUUUUCUCGGUUUUCACAUCCGAACAACUUGGUGGGUUUGGGGGAUUUUCUUGUAGCUCUUAUGUAUCCCUAUAUAUGAUGUCCAUAUUGCAGAACUUUGACUGUCAGCUACAUGUUGGUAAGACACAAGCAAAGUAUUACUGUAACUAAGUUAUUUUUAAAGUUAAAAUAUAUUUUUAUGUGCCUUUGGCUUUUUAUUGCAAGAGUCUGCAUUUUAUAGAUACUACGUCAAAUGUUGCCAUUGGACUUGUUUCCAUUGUGGUUCCAUUGUAAGCUGUGUAUGUGUAUGUUUGGAAAGUGUAUUCAUACUUGAGCUUUAUUUUAUUUUUUCUUCCCCUGUUAAGCUUUUCAUAGCAGCCAGCAGUGGAUUGUCGAGUGUAAAGGCACAGGUUACUCAUGACGCUUCUGCAGAGACUGUGGAAAUAUGGGUAUUUUAGUACAGUACAUACUUGCAUUACAUAGGUACUUCAUACAACACAAUAAAGAGCAAAUGUUAAAAUGAACUUGCAUGCUUAUAGUAAUAAACAAAAACAAAAGAAUAAUAAUAUUUUCUUAUUGUAUAAUCGAGAGCUAGAAAAACUGCUUCUCUAAAAUGUUGUACGAGACUUAUAAAACAAGGUAAGAGGUGAUUUCCAUCUAGUCUGUAAAUUUGCUUAUUUCCCAAAGGUUUGAGAAUCCCCCAAAACAGGGACCCUUAAUUUUAGAAAAAACAAACAUGAGAUCAGAAUUUUUUUUUUUAAGUCAAUACUGAUGCCAACCUCUCAAAACUCAUUUCUGUGACUCUUCUCUCUUAUUUUAACACACUCUGCAGCAAACCCUUACACCCCAACCCCAGCCCUAUAGCAUAGGUGUUUCCAUGGGCAGGUGCCAUAGAGACAAUUGAGGAGGCUAAAAAGAGUGCAGCAAAGGGCACUUGGCCUCCAAGGAGCCAGAGAUGCCCUGAGGGUGUCAGUUAGGCAAACAGGAACAGGAAAUGUACACACUGAUUCCUGCCUGUUGUUAACCACCCCUUUUCACUCAAAGACAAUUCCUUGCACACAAUACCGUGCAUUUCCAGCCCCGACAUGACUUCCUCUCCCAAAUACUUCAGUGAUUCUCUCACCGGGUUUGGAGUUGUUCCAGUUCUGUCAUCUGAUCAUCUGAAAUCGCCUUUGAACCGCAGGUGAACCACCACAGUCAGGACGACUAAGGAGAAGAGGAACCCUGUUGGCUUAGAGCGUUGAGUGCCUGCCUUAAUUUCCCGGGUGUAUUUCUGUGCCAUGAUGUUCAGUGUUCUUUUCUGCUGACACCCCAUUCACAGGGCCCAGUUCUGAAUAGACUUCCCCGCCACUUUGAAAUCUUGUGACCAAGGAUGAGUCUGAUAUAGCUCAUAAUUUUUAGCCAGACUCUCUCAACAUGUUCCCCAUCUUAAGUAUGAUUGAUUAUAUUCAUUCUUUCAUUUUACUUUUCAUCUGAAGCAUGACCUCAAGGAAAAGACUGAACUGUUAGGUGAAACGAUGAGGAAUACCUGCAUUUCCUCUGCCCUCUCUGUGACGGAGAACAGUUCUGCCAGGAUUGGGUGUGCUUGCAAGAAUUCAAGUGAUAAUGCGUCCUUGCAGGUACUUGGCCUUUAAGUAGGGCCUCAUCUGAGCCCUUUGACGCAGUCUCUACUGUUAGGUUAGGUACAGUUGAGAAGGCAACAAACACGCCCCAUCAGAGAGGAAGCAAAGCCACAUCCGGCUUGUGAAUGAUUUUGCUGAGUCAGUUCUGUGGCAGCCCUAGUAGUACCUGGUCCCUGCCCCAGGGAGCAGGUGCAGAGCUGGUGGCUUCUCUCCUGCAAAAAGGCACUUUGACUGGCACCUGCUGAGAGCUGAAUUGGUGCUCUCAGGCUGUGGUCUUUCUACUUUUAACCUCAUUUAUCAAGAUGCACUUUAUUUGCAAACUCAGAAUGGCAAGCCACCUGUGACCCAAGGACCAGGAGAGAGGCCGGCAAUUUGUGUAAGUAGAGACCCUUCGUGUUGCAGUAGCCAGGUUUCUUGUGGGUGGUUUUUCUUUUUCCCCUGGGCAGAAACUUAACAAAGGGCAAAGGACAAAAUAUAUUAUUUCUGCCUAAAAUUAUCUGCUUCAAAAGAUAAAAACACCAGAGUACUUUGCUCUUCAUGAAAACAGUGUCAUUAAGGAUCACAUUUCGGUGAGUCAAAGUCACUGUCCACACAAAGACUAACCUGAUGGAACAGAAAAGGGCUCUAGAAUCACUCUACUAUUCGUCUUUUAUGUUACUGAAAGGUACCGUAUCUUUUCAAGUCUCCCCACAAAACAUUGGAAGUCAUGGACUAGAGGAAGUUCAUGAGUCUGGAUUAACAGACAAAAAAUUACAUGUUAGGUGAUGGUUCUGACCCUCCUAAUGUGGAACCCAGAGAGAAAAUUUUACUGUGAAAUAAACAAUAGAAUAAAUAAAUAUUAUGGUUUCUCUCCAAUAAUAGUUUCUCCUUUGGAAAUUAUGUUAUCAGCCUUGUCCCAAAUUUAGUACUAGUAAGAUUCUCAGACUUUAGAAUUAGUUCACCGGACUAAUAUGAAUGAUUGAUUGUUAUUUUCAAUAAGCUGUAAAUAGGGUUAUUGGGUGCUGCCCUGUGUCUCCUCCUAUACUUUGGAGUCUGAUCCAGCAAAAUGAGAAAUUUCCAGAUGCUGAAUGAUAAGCUACCAUUGACUCAGAUGGGUAGACUCCUGGCGUGUUUGGUUGUACAGAAUCUAAGAAUGUCACAAUACUCAAAACUAUAUUCACACACUUUAAUUUAUUGGUUCUGGCUGAGCAAUACGUUUGUUUUCUAAAGAAGGAGAUGGUCUUCCUGACAGGUGUUUUGCGUGUUUGUUUCAUCGGACGAUGCCUGGAAUGUCAAAAUGCUUUAUUCUGAUGGCACAGCGUUUCAUGAACCAGCCUUCCAUCUGAGAGUGGUUUCAUUUCACCGUAUUCUUCGAGCAAGUGCUUAUUAAGAAGUCAGCCUAAACAUUUCUUACUUGAGUUAUCAGGGAGUCAAUGUUACAAAGAAAGUCUUGAAAGAAUGGGAACUAUGCUUUUUUUAUGAAGUGAUGUAGAACACAAUGAAAUCUGUUUUACAACUACACUGUAUUUCAUUAUCUCCCAUUUUUACUUUAAAAAAAAAAAAAAUCCAAUAGGGAAUUCACUUCCAUUGGCUUCCAGGGGAGGUCUGUAAUCUUCAUCCUUUGAA